AUGUUCAGAAACACUGCUUUGAAGGCCACCCGCAGCGGUAUGCUGCGCGGUGCUGCCUGCUCUUCAUGCCGGAGAACCGUCCACCUGCCUUCGAAUGUUCGCGGCGCCUCCAAGUCCUCCGGCUUCGGUUUGACGGCCCGCCGUCCUUUGGCUGUUGUCGACCGCGCUUUCAACGGCGCACGAUACUAUGCGGUAUCUGCGGAGGAGACGAGCAAGGGAGUGGACCCGAACGAUUCCUUCCUCCAGGGAAACACCGCCAACUAUAUCGAUGAAAUGUAUCUGGCGUGGAAGAAGGACCCGUCCGCCGUCCACAUCUCGUGGCAGACCUACUUCAAGAACAUGGAAGAGGGUAACAUGCCCAUCUCCCAGGCCUUCACUCCUCCCCCCACCCUUGUCCCCACCCCUACCGGCGGCGUUCCCCAAACGAUGCCCGGUACCGGUCUCGCUGCGGGCGCUGAUGUCGCGAACCACUUGAAGGUCCAGCUUCUGGUGCGUGCUUACCAGGCCCGUGGCCACCACAAGGCCAAGAUUGACCCUCUGGGUAUCCGUGGUGAGGCCGAGGCCUUCGGCUACGACAAGCCCAAGGAGCUUGAGCUGGACCACUACGGGUUCACCGAGCGUGAUCUGGACGAGGAAUUUGCCCUGGGACCCGGUAUUCUGCCGCGUUUCCUCACUGAGAGCCGCAAGAAGAUGACUCUUCGCGAGAUCAUUGGAGCCUGCGAGAAGAUCUACUGCGGCUCGUACGGUGUGGAAUACAUUCACAUUCCUGACCGCAAGCCCUGCGACUGGAUCCGCGACCGCUUCGAGAUCCCCGAGCCCUACCACUACUCCGUCGACGACAAGCGCCGUAUUCUCGACCGUCUGAUCUGGAGUUCCAGCUUCGAGUCUUUCCUAGCCACCAAGUUCCCCAACGACAAGCGUUUCGGCCUGGAGGGCUGCGAGACUCUUGUCCCCGGUAUGAAGGCCUUGAUUGACCGCAGCGUCGACUACGGCAUCAAGGACAUUGUCAUCGGUAUGCCUCACCGUGGUCGUCUCAACGUGCUGUCCAACGUCGUCCGGAAACCGAACGAGUCCAUCUUCAGUGAGUUUGCUGGUUCGACCGAGCCGUCCGACGAGGGCUCCGGUGAUGUCAAGUAUCACUUGGGUAUGAACUUUGAGCGCCCGACCCCCUCGGGUAAGCGCGUGCAGCUGUCUCUGGUGGCCAACCCGUCCCAUCUGGAGGCCGAGGACCCUGUCGUUCUGGGCAAGACCCGUUCUAUCCAGCACUACAACAACGAUGAGACCACCUACGACUCGGCCAUGGGUGUCCUGCUUCACGGUGACGCUGCCUUUGCCGCCCAGGGCAUUGUCUACGAGACCAUGGGCUUCCACUCCCUUCCGGCUUACUCGACCGGUGGUACCAUCCACAUCGUUGUGAACAACCAGAUCGGUUUCACCACCGACCCUCGUUUUGCCCGGUCCACUCCGUACUGCUCGGACAUUGCCAAGUCCAUUGAUGCCCCCGUGUUUCACGUGAAUGCCGACGACGUCGAGGCCGUCAACUACGUCUGCCAGGUCGCCGCCGACUGGCGUGCCGAGUUCAAGCGCGACGUUGUCGUUGACAUCGUCUGCUACCGUAAACAGGGCCACAACGAGACCGACCAGCCUUCUUUCACCCAGCCCCUGAUGUACAAGCGCAUUGCCUCCCAGAAGGCUCAGCUCGACACCUACAUCGAGAAGCUGAUCAAUGAGGGCACCUUCACCAAGGAGGACAUCGAUGAGCACAAAAAGUGGGUCUGGGGCAUGCUGAACGACAGCUUCGAUCGCAGCCGCGACUACCAGCCUACCAGCAAGGAAUGGCUGACCUCCGCCUGGAACAACUUCAAGACUCCCAAGGAGCUGGCUACCGAGGUGCUUCCUCACCUACCCACCGCUGUGGAGACCAACAUGCUGCGCCAUAUUGCCGACAAGGUCAGCGGUGCUCCCAAGGACUUCACUCUUCACCGCAACCUCAAGCGUAUCUUGAGCGGCCGCAAGAAGGCUGUCGACGAGGGCAAGAACAUCGACUGGGCCACCGCCGAGGCUCUUGCUUUCGGUUCGCUCGUCGAUGAGGGCUACCAUGUCCGUGUCUCUGGACAGGAUGUCGAGCGUGGUACCUUCUCCCAGCGUCACGCUGUCCUGCACGACCAGGAGAAUGAGGCCACCUACACUCCCCUGCAGCACAUCAGCGACAAGCAGGGCAGCUUCGUGAUCUCCAACUCGUCCCUGAGCGAGUUCGGUUGCCUUGGCUUCGAAUACGGUUACUCGCUGACCUCGCCCAACUCUCUGGUCAUGUGGGAGGCUCAGUUCGGUGACUUUGCCAACAACGCUCAGUGCAUCAUUGAUCAGUUCAUCGCCUCCGGUGAAACCAAGUGGCUGCAGCGUUCCGGUCUGGUGGUCUCCUUGCCCCACGGUUACGAUGGCCAGGGUCCCGAGCACUCGUCCGGUCGCAUGGAGCGCUGGCUACAGUUGUGCAAUGAGGAGCCUCGCGUGUUCCCAACGCCGGACAAGCUGGACCGCCAGCACCAGGACUGCAACAUGCAGAUUGCUUGCAUGACCGAGCCUUCUAACCUGUUCCAUCUGCUGCGUCGCCAGAUGCACCGCCAGUUCCGCAAGCCUCUGGUCAUCUUCUUCUCGAAGGCGCUGCUGCGUCAUCCGAUUGCCCGCUCUGACAUCGAGGCCUUCACCGGCGACUCGCACUUCCAGUGGAUCGUCCGCGACCCUGCCCACGGCACCACCAUCGACGCUCCGGAGAAGAUCGAGCGUGUGGUUAUUUGCUCUGGCCAGGUGUACGCCGCGCUCGUCAAGCACCGUGAGGCCAACGGCAUUCGCAACACGGCCAUCACCCGUGUCGAGCAGCUGCACCCCUUCCCGUGGGACCAGCUGCGCGAGAACCUGGACAGCUACCCCAACGCCCGCAACAUUGUGUGGUGCCAGGAGGAGCCUCUGAACGCCGGCGCCUGGUCCUUCGUCCAGCCGCGCAUCGAGACCCUGCUCAACUCGACCGAGCACCACAACCGCCGCCACGUCAUGUACGCCGGCCGCUCGCCCAGCGCCUCGGUUGCGACCGGUCUCAAGGCCGUCCACCUCAAGGAGGAGCAGGAGUUCCUGGAGGAUGCUUUCUCCGUUCACCAGGAGCGUCUGAAGGGCGAGUAA